UUUGGAAGCUUCCCAUUACCAACUCUGCCCUCUCAUGUUAUUUUAUUGGUUUUCCGGUGAAGGUGACGCCGUGACAGAUUACUCUAUAAACUAAAGUCUCUCCCGCGUUUUCCCAGUCUGAACUCAAAAAUCCGUGUUUGUGAAUCACUGAAAAGUCCAAGGUGGGCCCACUUGCUCCUAAACCAGCGUCUGCUGACGCUACUAUCUCCAUCCUCCAGCCUCUCUGCUUCAGUGUCCGAAUCCCUCAGAGUCUGUUUUGUCUCAUCGUCUAUACUUCCUCCCCCAGAAGCAGCACUAUCCCUUUCAUGCCGGCGAUGGACGUGAAAAACAGGGGAAUCGCCAUGGCUCUCUUGUUCAUUCUGGGAUUGUCUUCUAUUUUGCCUCUCUGUUUCUCGGAUGCCAAUCAACCCAGUCUCACCAAAAAGCCCCAACCACCAACUUCUAAUAAUCGUAUUGGCUCCUCCGUUGUUCUUCGGGUUCAAGGGAAUGUGUAUCCCCUCGGGUAUUACUCAGUUUCCCUGAACAUUGGCAAUCCCCCAAAAGCUUACGACCUUGACAUCGACUCCGGCAGCGACCUCACUUGGGUACAGUGCGACGCACCUUGUAAAGGUUGCACCAAGCCUAAGAAUCAACAGUAUAAGCCGAACAAGAAGAACCUUGUUCCGUGUGGGGACCAAUUGUGUGCUGGAGUUCAGUCACCAGGGAGCCAUCACUGUCAAUCCCCCAAUGACCAAUGCGACUAUGAGGUCGAGUAUGCAGACCAUGGCUCAUCACUGGGCGUGCUGGUCCGGGACUACAUUCCGCUCCGGCUCACCAACGGGUCCGUGCUUGGUCCUCUGGUGGCUUUCGGGUGUGGGUACGAUCAAGCCUAUUCUGGUCCAACGUCACCGCCAUCUACAGCAGGAGUGCUAGGUCUUGGAAAUGGCAAGUCAAGCCUCUUGUCUCAGCUUACAUCUCGUGGUCUCAUUCGCAACGUGGUGGGCCACUGCCUAAGUGGGCGAGGUGGAGGAUUUUUAUUUUUCGGAGAUCAUCUCGUUCCCUCCUCUGGAGUUUCUUGGACCCCAAUUUUGCCCGGUUCCUCCGUAAAACACUACGUCUCUGGACCUGCGGAUCUGCUUUUCAAUGCAAAGCCAACUUCUGUGAAAGGUCUUCAGGUUAUCUUUGACAGUGGGAGCUCCUACACAUACUUCAAUUCCCAAGAUUAUCGAGCCAUCGUUAAUACGAUAGUUGAUGAUUUGAAGGGGAAGCAGUUGAGCAGAACAACAGCAGAUCCGUCUCUUCCAGUUUGCUGGAAGGGUGCAAAGCCAUUCAAGUCUUUGGGAGAUGUGGCCAACCUUUUUAAGCCCUUGACACUGAGCUUCACUAGAACAAAGAACGUACAGCUGCAAUUGCCACCAUCAUCUUAUCUCAUUCUUACUAAAUAUGGCAAUGCGUGCUUGGGAAUUCUUAACGGCUCGGAAGCUGGACUGGGAAAUCUUAACAUCAUUGGGGACACCUUUUUACAAGAUAAAAUGGUGAUUUAUGACAACGAGAAAAAGCAGAUUGGAUGGAUUUCCGCUAACUGUGAUAGGCUUCCCGAGUCAUGAGCCUGGAUCGAUGUUAUGUGGCUGUGCAUGGGACUUUCUUGUGCAGACAGUGUCAGUGUGGGUCAAGACUUGGUGGAGUUUCCGCACCCAUUGCGAAUAAGUUUUAAACAGAACGCCCUCGUGAGAGUUGGUAACUAGCGGUGACAUUUUUUUUACCAAGGAAUUAAAAUAAAUUAAUAUUUUUAUUUCGAAAAUA